AUGGAAGUGGACACAGAACCAAUUGCCGCAGAACGUAAUUCCUCCCGUAGAACUCCAGCACAAACUCAAAGUGAUCUUCUGGAGAAUGAGGUGAAUGGCGAGUUGGUUGGGCAUAACACAAGGAAAGCCGAUACAGGAGUAACUCCCUCAUCAGUUGCCAAACUGUGA